AUGGCAAACCUGGUCUGCCGAGUCGUGCUCGGAAUCAUAGCCAACAUCAUCUGCUUGGUCCCCCUCCGCUUGCUGUACAGAAUCGGAGAGUUCUCAGCCGUGGUGUUCGUUGCCAACAUGAUAGGCCUGAACUGCCUCACGGUCAUCAACGCUCUCAUCUGGCGCGACGACAACAUGACCGAGUGGUGGCCCGGUUACGGUUGGUGCGACAUUCACCCGUUCCUCUACCGCCCCAUGAUGACUCUCUUCACCACUUCGGUUCUGGCUAUUAGUCGGAACCUCUCAGUACAAGUCAGCAUGCUACGCGCCCACCCCUUGACCGUCAGGGAGAAGCGUAGGAAGAACCUCGUCCAGGCACUCAUCAUGUUUCCCGUGCCGCUUAUUCAAAUCGCCUGGAUUUAUCCCAUCACCGCUCAGCGCUAUACCAUCGCUACGCUAGUGGGAUGCGACUGGAGAGUUCACAGAAGUUGGCCUAGGCUGGUCUUCAUCACCCUACCAACACCCAUACUCUCCCUGAUGUCCGGUUAUUAUGCGAUUCUCACCUACUUGCGCUACCGUGAACUGCGCAAGGCAACGCGCGGAGCGCUCUCCUCCAAUAGCUCAGCAAUAUCGAGGCAGAACCGCACAAGGAGGCGCCUCUACCUUCUGACCAUCUGCAUUCUGAUCCCCUAUAUCCCGCUCCAGUGCGCCCACGCCGCGCUCAACAUCACCGAGACGCUGCCCCUUGAACCCUUCGACUACCACAGAGUCCGUAACGACGAGAACGCCCCGUACCCGUGGAACUCGAUCUUGCUUCGACCAUCCUCCGAGAUCAACUUUGCUUUCAUGAACAACAAGUUCAUCUCCAUUGCCACCGCCUUCCUCGUGUUCUUCCUCUUCGGCGCCACCAUCGAUGCCCGCAGUACCUACCGUCGUUACUUGCUCGCCAUGGGCUUCGGCAAGCUGUUCCCUCGCCUCCAUGAGCCGUCGUACCGCGCAGCGGGAAUGAACAGCAUCUCCAAUCCCAACACAUCCUGGGCCACACGGACGUACGUCACAUCCUUUCUUUGCAGUUGUACCUUCCCUUGCCCCCUCCUACAGCUAUUUGUUUUCCCGUGUGACAGAUUCUACAACGUGGCACUUCUUUAA